UCAUUGGUUGGGAUCCACGGAGCGUAUAUAACGAACUUCAAACUCCGCUGUUGAUUUAACCUUCCUAGGGGACCUUGGAGAAUAUCAUAGAUUACUACCAGGAGAGACCUGCUGUAAUUAGUGCACAAAAUAUCAUCUAUCUAUGUACCAGCAGAUGACAUGACUGCAAGUCUGUAAGAAAAUAUGGCGAAUGAUGUUUUAUCAAGUAGGAGAGAAGCAAGAAGAAGACGUAUUUUGGAGAAUUCUGAAAACAGAUUACAAAAAAUAACUGGAAGGAGUGACAACAUAUCGAAGGUGACGUACAGCACUGAAGAUGAUUCAUUAGAAUUCCAAAACGGCAGAUUCUCACGACAGAUGAUAAAUGGCUCAGUGCAACUGGCAGCUGAUUGUACUCAAAUUCAUUAUGAUUAUUGUAGUCUGGAACAUAAAGCAAAGAUCAACUAUAUGGAAAGUAAAGCCGAUGUCCCAAAAUAUUUGGACACACAUAGCACAACUAGUGGAUUAUUUCAAGAUCAGGAAGCAGCUAUUUCUGCUCCAUCCACUUUUUAUUUUCUGUAUGCUGCCAAAUUGCAUUUAAUUUGUCUUGCAGUUUUAGUGAGGAUAAUGUAUAUCAUCGACUAUGGUUUUAUAUUUGGAGAGUCCUUGGUGGCACCUUUAUGUGUGGUGGAGAUGACUAAUAUUCUAUGGCUACGUUUGAAUAAACAACAAAUGCAAUCACCAGGUCUGCUUGAUGUUUUUCUGUUAUUUAGUGGCAUUUCAUCACAUAAAGUUACACUGAUAUUGAACUGUAUCCAGAUGCUAUCAUUAAUUGUGCAGGAUACUUGUAUUUAUUUAUUCACCUUUGUUACAUUCCAUGCAAUCUUAGUAAUGGCAAGAAAUGUAGAACAUAGUUUUUAAAUUUUGGGAGUAUGCUGGUUGAAGGCAAUUUCAUGCAUUCCCAUGAGUGUAGAGCUUUUUUGUGUUAAAUGUGGUGUGUGUGUGUGUAUAUAUAUAUAUAUGGGAGUGGACCUUUUUUCUUCAGGAACAUGUCCUUUCUGUGAUUAUAAUCGGAUGUUUUCUACACUUUUUUAUAAGAUUUAUCUAUUAAAAGACAUAUUCAGUUCUUUUUGCUACCAGAGAUCUUAAAGGUUUAAUAAAUAAAUUGCUACAUUGGCAGAAGUCAAAACAUAAUGUAAUAAAACACUUAUAUCUACUGUUUGUGGUAAUAUAUUUUUUACUCUGACACAUGUAACACCAAAUUAGAAGGUGUGCACAAUUUUUCAACAAUGCAAUAUUUGUGUAUAUUUAUUCUUAUAAAUUAAUAUCAGUUGCAAAGCUGACCAACUCUGGUUUUGUAAUCUUAUUAGGCUUGUGAAAGACUGGCCGCUGAACUAUAAGGAAAUGGUUGCCUAUUAAGUUUUUGUAUAUAUACUGUUUAGAACAUUUUGGAUGUCAAAGAUAAAUGAGGAAGUUUAAAAAGUAACAAUAGAAAAUCAUUUUUAGAAAAUAAAAGAUUUCAAAUUAGUAA